UUCCAUCUUCCAUUACAAAUAUAUCAAUCUGCUUUUGUCAAGCAUUCACAUUUCUGUCCGCCCCCAACCAUGAGCUUCCUCACAUUAAUGGUUGCUCUUCUGCUAGCAGCUGCUCCACCAGCUCUGUCAUGGAGCAAAGAGGGCCAUAUCAUGACCUGUAGGAUUGCUCAGUCUCUUCUUCAUGAAGCAGCAGCAGAAGCAGUCCAAAACCUGCUGCCAGACUACACCAAGGGAGAUCUAUCAUCUCUCUGUGUUUGGCCAGAUCAAGUCAGGCACUGGUACAAGUACAGGUGGACAAGUCCUCUUCACUUCAUCGAUACGCCUGAUAAAGCAUGCACCUUUGAUUAUUCAAGAGAUUGCAAGGAUCCAAAAGGAACUGAAGAUAUGUGUGUUGCUGGAGCUGUUUCCAAUUUCAGUACUCAGCUUCUACACUAUCAACAUGGCACGGCCGAUCGCCGUUAUAAUCUCACAGAAGCAUUGCUAUUUCUGUCUCAUUUCAUGGGGGACAUUCAUCAGCCGAUGCAUGUUGGAUUCAGUAGUGAUGAGGGAGGGAACACAAUUCAGGUCUGGGAUAGGGAGAUAAUCCUCACAGCUUUGACAGAUUAUUAUGAGAAAGACAUGGAUCUGUUUCUUGAGGAUAUUCAGAAUAACUUUACUCAAGGUGUUUGGUCUGAUGACAUCUCAUCUUGGGGAGAUUGUGAGGAUCUCUCUUCUUGUCCGAGCAAAUGAAUACUUUGAUUCACGGUUGCCGAUUGUGACGAAACGAAUCGCACAAGGAGGUGUGAGAUUGGCCGUCGUUUUGAAUCGGGUGCUUGGAGAUCAAAAGCUUCAUCAUAUUCCGUCCCCAACCUAAAUAUAUUUUAAUUUUCUAUUAUUUAUUUAUUUUUAUUUACAAUGACUAA